ACGGGCUCCCAGGGAGAAGAGCGGCCAGGAAAGCGUCCGUUCUGUUCGUUUGAAGGGUGUUAAUGCGAAGGCCCCGUUGGUCUCACGGAGGAACCACAAAGGAAUACACUUUUUGAACAAAUAAAAGGAUUGACCGCAUGAGAGGAAAGUUAAAGAGACGCCGAAUCUUGAGUAUGAUCUUUCGCUAUUUCGGUUGAGUACUUUGAGAAUCGAACCAGGAACUGUAAAUUUGAUGCAGAAUGGACGCUGAUAUAAACAAUUUAACGGAUUCCGACGGCCGUUUUUACUCAGAAGGCCGCAAUGAUGGCUUUGGUGUCUUCAUGGCUGUUCUCUACCCGGUGGUUUGCAUCGUUGGACUCGCUGGGAACUCUCUGGUUAUCGUCACCAUUUUGAAACUGGACAAAAUGUCAUCCGCUACGACGGUGUACAUUUUUAACUUGGCGCUAGCUGACGGGCUCUUCAUGGUCGGGCUCCCCUUCAUCGCGAGCCAGAACUGUCUGACCAAGUGGUUGUUUGGCAACGUGGCGUGUAAAGUGGUCAUGGUGCUGGAUGGAAUCAACCAAUUCACCAGCGUAUUCUGUCUCACGGUGAUGAGCAUCGACCGCUACAUGGCGUUGGCAGAUCCGCUUCGAUUCGCCUGUUGGAGGACGCCACGCUGCGCCAAGAUCGUCUCUGCUUUACUGUGGCUGUUCUCUCUUGUCACUAUCCUCCCGAUGGCGCUUCACUUCUCCGCGGAUCAAGGCUUAUGCAUCCCGGAUAUUAUUUCGGAAUUUUGGUGGCUGGGGGUCCUUUCUUACACGUUCAUUUUAGGAUUCGCUUUGCCUUUCACCGUCAUGACCGGCUUCUACACGGCUCUGCUUCUCACCUUGAAGUCACAGCAGCUCCGGGCUACCACGCCCAAUCAAGAUAACCACCGUCCGGAGAGACAGGUUACCAAAAUGGUGGUGGCGGUGGUGAUCGUGUUUGGCGUAUGCUGGCUGCCGUUUUACACCUUCAACUUCUGCUCCAUGUAUCAAACCGACGUCGCCUUUGCGAGAGCGUUUGAAUUCGUGGUUUUGCUGUCGUACUCGUGGAGCUGCGCCAAUCCAAUUCUCUACACCUGCCUCUCCGACACCUUCAGGAGCCAAUUCCGUGCCCUGCUCUGCUCGGCUACCAAGUCUCCCCCCAGCAUGCCUUGCAACACUGAGCGAUAUGAUCUCACUGUGACGGGGGUGCAGGAUGUCACGAUUUUAGCAUAGAAAGAAAAAGGCAGAACUCCAAUUUUCCUGCACACACGCAUGAAACCAUGGCAUAUGUUGAAGAUGGGGGAUUUGCCUCCAAGACAGAAAGAAGCCUUGUUUAUUGUCUUUUCUGGCAUUCUCAGCUGCUGGCCUUUAAUUAUGUCAAGAGAGACUUCAAAUUGGAUGAUAAAGUGAAUUUAUCCACAAGCUGUCAGGUAUGUCUUUCCAAGAAUAGGCAGAAAAAAAGACACCCUUUACCUGUGGAGCGUUAGAUCCCAUUUUGGGUUCUAGCCGAUGCUUGGCUCUUGACUUGUUAUAUACAGUAAACCCCGGAUAUAUCGGACUCGGAUAUAUCGGAAAUUCGCUCACAACGGACAGAUAAAAAAAGAACCAAUUUUUCUGUAAUGCAUUUCCAAUAAAAAUUCAUUGCAUAUAUCGGAUUUUUUAUAACGGAUUUCGCCUAUUUCGGACAAAAUCUCCAGUCCCGUUCCAAUGCAUUUCCAUUAAAUUUCCCUCGCAUAUAUCGGAUGGCCGCAUCGUGGUGCUCCGAUUCGCCGAAUCGUGACAGGCCGCUAUACGACGUCAUUUGCAGCGUUUGCAGCGUUGCCUGCGCGUCCAGGUACAUUGGAAACAUAGUCAAGGAAGUGCCUUUUUAUAACGGAUAAAAUCCGAUUUACGCAUAUACCGGAUAUAAAUCCGAUAUAUGCGUAAAACGGACAUUUUCCGGUAUACGCAUAUAACGGAUUUCGCUUAUAUCGGACAAAACCAGUGGGAACAAUUGAAUCCGAUAUAUCCGAGGUUUACUGUAAUUCUAAAGCUUAUAAAAAGUCUGACCACAAGGGGCGCUGCUAUUAUUAUUACGGCAUAUUUUGGUGACAGCUGGUGUGUAACUACAUGAAUGCGACGCCCACUUUGCCCUUAGCUAAAGCAGCACUCACCGUCAGAACGCAUUUAAACGCUGCAUAAAGCUUACUGUAGCAUCUUGCUUCCAAAGUAAAAAAAAAAAAAGCUUUUCUUAUUGCAUAUGACAUAUAUUAUUGGGAAAUUGACUGCAAUUAGAUAGUACACGCAAGGUAAAAGGGAAUACAAUGGACGUUUAUAAAAAAAAAACGAUGUGAGUGACAAUCUUAAAGAUGAAACUGAUGUAAGAAUGUUUGCCUUUGUUAUAAAGUGACUUUUGUUAAUAUGGGACUUUGACUUUAUAGCCGCUAUUACUGAUCAUAACGCAACAUACUUUGUAUAAUUGCUUUUCUUCUAUCAAUUAUGCUUUGAAAUAUUCUGCAAAUAAAACACCGUUUCUUGCAAAACAUCAUUUUGGCUCUUUUCUG